ACUACCUAAUACAAUUUUGCAUUAAGAAAAAGCUGACAAUUUUGCAUGAUUUCAUUUUUUUUAUUGUGAAACAAAUAUACAAAGUACCAGAAGCAUCUUUGGUUUAUACAUGAAUUAGAUUAGUGUGUUUAGUUGUUUUAUUUUUACUUUUGGUACAGCCAUGCAGUUCCAGUGGAAUAUUGUGACUUGGAUAAACUCCUUGUUGUUUGGACUCAUUCUCUGGAGUUCUGCAGAAGAAUAUGAUUACUACAGCUGGCAGUCAGACAAUUUUCAGAAUGGACGCUUCUAUGCUAAACAGAGCCAAUGUGUGGACAUUCCAUCAGAUCUCCAUCUCUGCCACAAUGUGGGGUACAAGAAAAUGAGAUUGCCUAAUUUGCUUGACCAUGAAACCAUGCCGGAGGUUAAACAGCAAGCCAGCAGCUGGGUGCCCCUGCUGGCAAAAAGGUGCCAUAGAGAUACCCAAGUCUUCCUAUGCUCACUUUUUGCUCCUGUGUGCUUAGAAAGGCCAAUUUAUCCAUGUCGGUCACUUUGCGAGGUUGUGCGCGACAGCUGUGCUCCUGUCAUGGAAUCCUAUGGUUUUCCUUGGCCAGAGAUGUUGAACUGUAAUAAAUUUCCUCUUGAUAAUGACCUCUGUAUUGCCGUACAGUUUGGCAGCAAACAAGUCACACAACCACCAGUAACUAAGAUUUGUACUCAAUGUGAAAUAGAGCAGAAAUCUGAAAAUAUGAGAGUGCAGUUGUGUGCAAGUGACUUUGUUCUUCGGAUGCGUGUUAAAGAGGUGAAGAUUGAAAAUGGAGAUCGGAAACUCAUUGCAGCUCAGAAGAAGAAAAAGGUUCUGAAAGCUGGAAAGCUAAAACGGAAAGAAUUCCGUAAACUUGUCCUGUAUAUAAAGAACGCGGCAGGGUGUCCAUGUCCUCAACUUGACAACUUGAGUGGCAGCUUUCUUAUCAUGGGUCGAAAGGUGGACAAUAAACUUAUUUUAACUGCCAUCUACAAGUGGGACAAGAAAAGCAAAGAUAUGAAGUAUGCAGUGAACUUUAUGUUUUCAUAUCCAUGUUCUGACACCAUUUCUCAUGGCACAGGAUCACACCUAGGCUCUUUCCGCUAAAUUUGUUAUCCAUAGAACUUAUGGCUUCACCCUCUCCCAGCCUUACCAAAUGGAUUUUAUAUUUUAGUAAUAGCAGUAACAUAGCAUAUUCAGCUUAAAACAUUACAAUUACUAGGAUAGUCAGUCUAAACGAUACAAAAAGAGAGGGUGAAGAAUAUUAUCUUUUGAAGAAGAUGCACCAAGAAUUGAAGAAACUAUCAAUGUGAUGCUUUAUUUGAAGACUGUGUUUAAAACAAAUACUGUUCAUGGUUUGAGAAUCCAUCUGCAACAAAAGGGUUUGGGAGUCUAGCGUUAUUUGAUUAACAAAAUAAGUAGGUUAUCAACCUCAUAAAAAAAAAAUUCUCCUAGAAAAUGUCCUAAACAAGUUAAAAUAUAAUAAUGAAAUAUGUGUUGGUUAAAA